UUUCCGUUAGAAGAUCUGAAUUCAGACACGCAGAAAAGCCCCGACAGCGACUUCGACAGUGGCCAGGGCAGCUGCGAAACGGCGUCCCCGGGGGACCCCGGCAAGGGGAUGGCGGCGCCCGACGACAGAGAUUCAGAGGAAGAUAUUUUUGUAUGUAAAAAAGCAAAAAGCAGGAAGGUGCUUCAGGACAGUGAGAGUGAAGAUGGAGAGGAUGGGGGCUCUUUUGUGGAGAACGAUACUCCAGGUGGGGACAAGGAAAGUGGAGAUGAGAAAGAGAGUGUAACUGCCCAGAGGAACAAGAAAUCUCAUCGGGUUUGCCAGAGCCUGCUAGAUAGUGAUGACAGUGACAUUGGUGACCGACCUCAGAUUGAAAGCCUUGAAACAAUCAGAAAAUCUGACUUACCUGAGAAGGAGUUGGAAGAGAAGAGACCCCUAAAGUCUGGGAAAAAGUACAGAAAACAUAAACAACAUAAACGUGAUUGUGAAGAAGAGGCAGCAAAAAAAGCUGUAGGAAAAUCAAGAAGAAGAAAUGAGAAGGAGGGAAAAUUUGCGUCCAUUAAACAGCUGACGAAAGAGAAGAAGCCCAGAGCAGAGCUCCUUUCUUCUUCUGGCCAGCAGGUCGAUGGUGGGGAGUGGUGCCCUUUAAAUGACAGUGGAUGUCUUCUUGAUGACAAAGAACUCUUUGACAAUGGCUUAGAAGAGGAAGACGAUUGCACCCCAGAGGAUGAAGAGUCAAUAGAAUCGAUACGAGCGGCAGUGAAAAACAAAGUUAAAAAAUACAAGAACAAAGAACAGUUUGCUGAAGAUGAAGGCUACAAACAUGUAUUUGAUGAUGAGAAUGAGGAGCCUGUAUUAAAAGAACCAAAGAGGAAGGAGCGGAAAGCAGCAAGGUUAAGUAAAGAAGCCAUUAAGCAACUACAUAGUGAAAGCCAACGACUGAUUAGAGAAACGUCUGUGUCUCUCCCCUAUCAUGUGCCUGAGACCAAAAGUGUUCACGACUUCUACAAGUGCAGACCUCGACUGUUUUGUCAGGGAAAUGCCAUGGCCUUGCUGAAGUCCACUAAAUACCAGCUAGCCUUAAGUGAAGGAUCUGCAGACACUAAGAACUCGAGCUCGGAUGGCAAAGACAGGCACGUAGAAGGUGAUCAGUUGGCAGCUAAUGACCCAGAAACGAGCUUUGGCGGAGAUGUUGAUGCUCCUGUGAACAAGCCUCUUGCUGACGUAGGGAAGGCCUCGACAGAAAACUGUGGUGAAGAGCCCCAGCAGGACAGUGAUGAUUUUCAAAAAGCGAGGAGUGGGACAGCUGAUGGCGGUACGGAGGAACAGCAGCAGCACUCGGACCUCCUGAGCACUGGUUGUAGGGAACCGAAGGUGAACGAAAUUCCUCCAGCAGUUGGAGGAGAUACCGUUGAGCAAAGAGGCGAAACGACAGCAGCCUUGCCGUGUGGAAAAGGCACUCAGCAGGUGGGGCCGGGAUUGGUGGCACCGCCUGAGAAAGCCAGGAAAUCCAAGUUGGAUAAACUUCGUGAGCUGGGAGUAGACCUGUCCAUCAAGCCAAGAAUCUGCUCUGACAACGAAUCCUUCAUAAACCUCGAUGAAUCUGAUUCAAAUAAAGAAUUGGAAGCCUUGAAAGCACGCUUCUUGAAGCACACUCUUCGAACCUCCAAAUCCAAAGUGGAGCGGACCGUAAACAUGAACAUUAUUCGUAAGGAGACUACGUCUGAGGGAAAAGAGGAGCUGAAAGCAGACGUGGUGCCGGCAGUGUUGGCUGCAGAGAGCCCGGAUGAAUCACUCCACACGAAGCCAGGUGAAAAGCUGCAGGUGCUGAAGGCGAAACUGCAGGAGGCCAUGAAGCUGCGCAGGACUGAGGAACGGCAGAAGCGGCAAGCGCUGUUUAAACUGGAUAAUGAGGAUAUGUUGGAGGAAGAGGAGGAGGAGGAGGAGGAAGAAGAGAUGACAGAUGAGUCUGAGGAAGAGGAAGAAGGCAGUCAUGAGAACGAGGACUUUGUGCUUGGUGAAGCAGAGGAAGACAAUGAAGAUAUAGAAGAGAAACACGUUGAAGAGGGUGAUAAAGAAACGGACAAAGAAUCAAUCGAUGGAGAGAAGCUGGAGAAAUCCGUGCACAGCGAUUCUGUUCCCAAACCACCUUCGACAGAGUCUACGUUGAUGCUCUUUAAGGACAGCUCCUCAAAAAUGGGAUACUCGCUUCCUGAUGAGAAACUUGAAAUGGACGAAGCUGCAGACAAAGGACCUACCAAGUUAGAGGAUGAUGAUUCCUUUUCUCUCCCAACCCUGGCCAAAGAGAGUAGCCAUAACAGCAGCUUUGAGCUCAUCGGCUCCAUGAUCCCGUCGUACCAGCCCUGCAACAAGCAAACGUCACGUGGAGGGAACUUUUCAUCCGCAGCAGGAGGUUUCAGGUCACCUUCCCCGGGCUUUUUCAAAACGAGCUUUCUCAGCUCUGCUUCCAAGAGCUCAGGGAAGAUUUCUGAGCCCUCUCUUCCCAUAGAAGAUUCCCAGGACCUGUAUAAUGCCUCUCCCGAGCCAAAGAGUUUAUUUCCAGGGGCUGGGGAGUCACAGUUUCAAUUUUCUCUGGAAGACGACACUCAGAGCCAGCUGCUGGAUGCGGAUGGGUUCUUGAAUGUUGGGCAACACAGGAAUAAAUAUCAGUCCUCAAAGCACCAGCUGCCCCUGGCCAGUAUGGAUGAGAACGCAAUGGAUGCCAACAUGGACGAGCUGCUGGACUUGUGUUCGGGACAGUUCAGCAGUCAGGCGGAGCGCGUGCCCAACACCAGCAGCGGCAAAAAGCAGAACAUGGAAGAAUUGCUCCAUCUUUGUUCAGGAAAAUUCGUGUCUCAGAGUUCUCCGACGUGGGCAUCUUCGGUGUCUUCCAAGGCAGAAAAAGACAGUGACACCGAAGAUCCGAUGGCAGAAGCUCUGGCACUUUGUUCAGGCUCCUUUCCCACAGACAGGGAAGAGGAAGAUGAGGAGGAGCAAGAACUUGGUGAUUUUCAGCUUGUGACAGAUGACAAUGCCUUCGACAGUGAAGAGGAUAAAAAUAGUGGAGAUAGUGAUGCUGAAGAAGCAGAAGUGAGUGAUGAAGAAGAAGAACUGCCGAGACAUAGACGGAGCCUGAAGAAAAAACUGAAACUGGAGGAGUUCAUGGAAGACGAGGCAGAGCUGUCGGGAAGCGAUGUGGGAAGCGAGGAUGAAUAUGAUGGUGAAGACCUGAACGAAUAUGAAGAAGAGAUUAUUGAUGAGGAACUCCCUAAUGAAGUGGAAUUAGAAAGCCAAAUACAGAAAUUACACAUGAAAGCGAUGCUUGACGACGACAAGCGCCGGUUGCGCUUAUACCAGGAGAGAUACCUCAUCGACGGGGACCUGCACAGCGACGGCCCUGGCAGAACGAGGAGGUUCCGAUGGAAAAACAUAGAUGAUGCUUCACAGGUGGACUUGUUUCAGAGGGAGUCGGAUAAUGAUGACGAAAAUGAACAGUUUGAUGAGAUAGAAGUGAAGUGGAGGAAAGAGCGAUUUGAACGGGAACAGUGGCUUCGCGAGCAGAAGGAAAAAAACAAAGAGCAGGAGGAGGAGGAAGAAAUUGGUGAGGACAGCCAGUUCAUGAAGCUAGCCAAAAAAGUAACUGCCAGGUCCCUUCAGAAGAAAGCGAGCCCGGCCGUGGUGGUACCGGACACGACCCUGUUACCCCGGAACCCGUUCGAGACAUUCCGACCCGCCAGCGAAAUCCAGAUCAAAAAUGGGUCUCUCCUGAACAGACCUCAAGCCGUCCUUCAGAAGCUAGCAGCCAUGUCGGAUCUGAAUCCAAACGCACCUCGAAAUUCAAGGAAAUUUGUCUUUCAUACGCUUUCCCCAGACAAAAACGAAGAGGCGAAGGAGAAAUCAAAACUUCAGGUGAAGAAAAGAGGCGCUCCUGCAGCAGUAACAGCGCUGGCCAAACGGCCCAGGGUAGAAAGCACUGAGGAAACGAGUCAAAGCCGAAGCAUAUUCCAGUACUUGGAGAGCUGA